AUGCAUAAAAUAUAUUUUAUAAAAAUACUUUUUCUUAUAAUACUAUUUCCUGCAAAUUCUGAAAGAUCUAGUGGCUUAUACAUAGACAAUGGAUUCAAUCAAACAAUUCCACAUGAAAUUACUAGUAAUAAACAAAAACGAUAUAUAGAACGCAACUUAUUAAAUAUUCUCGAUUUACCGUACAAAUCAAAGAGCAUUGUGCGUAGAUCUUUAAUGGUGAAAAGAUCAGCACCCAAAUUUCUAUUAAAUAUUUACAAGAACAUUUUAUCAGAUAGCACACAUACAUCAGUUCAAGAGGAAUAUGAAAACAUGGAAGAAUUUGAUCUAAGUGGUCAUGACAUUAAUAUCAUCAAUCAAAGCGAUUUAAUCAUGACAUUUGGUGCUCACAAUCCACAUUCUGGUAAUGCAUCCAAAAUUAAUCGUGGUAAAAGAAUUUGGUUUGAUGUAUCAGAAGUGCCAAGAGAAGAAAAUCUUAUAGCAGCUGAACUGCGACUAUAUCAAAGUUUAGAUAAAGGUAUUAAAUUUAAAAAUGCCUACACCAUAACAAUAUACAUGGUAGCUCGAACAAAAGAUGGUAGACGAAUUAAACAUUACAUAGACUCAUCUAAUACCACGAUAGAUAAAGGAGGCUGGAUAACUUUAAAUAUCAGUCGAGCACUUGAUCAUUGGAUUAAAUAUCCAAAAGAAAAUCGAGGUUUAUUUUUGGCAGUGCAUCAUAUUGAUUAUAUUGGUCAUACCAUGAGACCAGAUGAUGUUGGAAUUGUAGGUGUUUUAGGAAUUCCAGAUAAGCAACCAUUUAUGGUAGGCUUUUUUAAAAGUUCAACUAAUAUUAGAAAACAUGAAACAUUAUUGUUUAAACAAAAAAGAGAUAUUAAAUUUAAGAAACAACGGUUUAAUAAUAUGAAUAUUCAAAGUAAUCCAUACACUAAUUCUGUACAAAAAAAAAAGAAAGAAAGUGUAUGCAAUAUUAAAACAUUGUAUAUAAGUUUUAAGGAUCUUCAAUGGCAAGAUUGGAUUAUAGCUCCAGAAGGAUACGACGCGUAUUAUUGUAGUGGAGAGUGCAAUUUUCCAUUGAACAUACAUAUGAAUGCAACUAACCAUGCUAUUGUUCAAACUUUAGUACAUCUUAUGAAACCACAUGAAAUACCGAAACCAUGUUGCGCCCCAACAAAAUUGUCACCAAUAUCGGUACUUUAUUUUCUUGAUGAUAGUAACGUUGUGUUAAAAAAGUAUAAAAACAUGGUUAUUAAUAGUUGUGGUUGUCAUUAA